AUGGCAAAGAAGUUCUUGACUAUACCAGCUACUAGUGUUUCAUCAGAGUCAACAUUAUCUAUAGGAGGUAGAGUUCUCGAUGACUACUGUAGUUCUCUACUCCCAAGCAUGGUUGAGGCACCUGCUUGUGCUUCUAGCUUCAUCAAAGGAUCAAAAGAAAACCACAUUAGGCCUACAACCAUAGUGGAAGAUGACAUUGAUGAUGAUGUUGAGUUCAUUCCAUUUCCUGAAUCUAUUGUGGAAAGCAACUAG